AGGCGAGGCGGUACCGAGCCCAGGCGGGCGGCGGCCAAGACAGGAAAUCAAUCGGGGCUGUGCCCCGCCGGCGCACGAUCCCCUCCCGGUCCCUGUCCCUGCCGAGCGAUCCUCUGGCCGGGCCAUGGACACCGCAGAGCCGGGGAUACUCCCGGCCCCAGCUCCAGCUCCAGAGAGCAGGAAGAGGUACAGUGAUAUCUUCCGGAGUCUGGACAACCUUGAGAUCUCACUGGUGAACGUGAACCUGGAGAUGCUGGCUGGAGACCCUGCACUUUCAGGAGACCCAGAUUCUGACAAGCCCCCCACAGCCACUGUGACCAAUGAAACCAGCCAUUGGAGUGGUCCUUCCCCAGAGGGUCCUGUUCCCCUUACAGGGGAAGAACUGGAUUUGCGGCUCAUUCGGACCAAGGGCGGUAUCGAUGCAGCCCUGGAGUAUGCCAAGACCUGGAGCCGCUACGUCAAGGAGCUACUGGCCUGGACAGAGAAGAGGGCCAAUCAUGAGCUGGAGUUUUCCAAAAGCAUCAUAAAGAUGGCAGAGGCUGGCAAGGUGUCAAUCCACCAACAGAGCCACAUGCCACUGCAGUACGUCUACACCCUGUUUCUGGAACAUGACCUCAACCUGGGAAACUUAGCCAUGGAGACGGUGGCCCAGCAGAGAAGAGACUACUACCAGCCCCUGGCCGCCAAGCGGACUGAGAUUGAAAAGUGGCGGAAGGAGUUCAAGGAGCAGUGGCUGAAAGAGCAGAAGCGGAUGAACGAGGCUGUGCAGGCGCUGCGGAGGGCCCAGCUCCAGUAUGAGCAGCGCAGCGAGGACCUGCGGGUGCGUUCCCAGGCAUCCCCGGAGGACCUGGCUCCCCAAGCCUCGCCAGGACCCAGCAAGCAGCAGGAAAAGCGGCGGCGCUCAAGAGAGGAGGCCCAGGCCAAGGUGCAGGAGGCUGAGGCUCAGUACCAGGCCUGUGUCCGUGAGGCCAACGCACGGCAGCAAGACCUGGAAGCCACCAAGCAACGGAUUGUGUCACACAUUCGCAAGCUGGUGCUACAGGGGGACGAAGUGCUGAGGCGGGUAACCCUAGGACUAUUCGGGCUGCGGGGAGCACAGGCAGAGCAUGGCCCCCGAACCUUUGCAGCCCUGGCUGAGUGCUGUGCACCCUUCGAGCCCGGCCAGCGCUACCAGGAGUUGGUGCGGGCACUGCAGCCUGAGGCCCCCCCGGCCCCACCACCUGCCUUCUCCUUCCAGGAGCUCGUGCCCUCCGUGAACAGCUCUUCUCUGGACACAAGACGGAAGGUCUCUGGUCCCCCACCUCCACGGCUGGAUGAGAGUACUGCUGAGCAAGGUCCUUGGGAGGACACAAACACAGGCUGGCAAGGUACCCCAGGCCCCACUCCGGGCAGUGAUGUGGACAGUGUGGGUGGUGGCAGUGAAUCUCGGUCUCUGGACUCCCCCACUUCCAGCCCAGGCCCUGGCACCAGGCGGUUGGUAAAGGUCUCAUCCACAGGCACUGAGUCAUCAGAUGACUUUGAAGAAAGAGAACCUGACCUAGGAGAUGGGCUGGAGAAUGGGGCAGGCAGCCCCUUCAGGAAGUGGACGCUGUCCAGCGCAGCCCAAACACACCGACUACGGAGGCUUCGAGGCCCAGCCAAGUGCCGUGAGUGCGAGGCCUUCAUGGUCAGCGGGACCGAGUGCGAGGAGUGCUAUCUAACCUGCCACAAGCGCUGUCUGGAGACUCUGCUGAUUCUCUGCGGACACAGGCGGCUACCAGCCCGGACCUCCCUCUUUGGGGUUGACUUCCUGCAGCUGCCCAGGGACUUCCCAGAAGAGGUGCCCUUUGUUGUCACCAGGUGCACGGCGGAGAUAGAACAGCGCGGCCUGGGUGUGCAGGGCAUUUAUCGGGUCAGCGGGUCCCGGGUCCGUGUGGAGCGGCUGUGUCAGGCUUUCGAGAACGGCCGAGCAUUGGUGGACCUGUCAGGGAACUCACCACAUGACAUCUCCAGUGUCCUCAAACGAUUCCUCCAGGAGCUCACUGACCCUGUGGUCCCCUUCCACCUCUACGGCGCCUUCAUCUCUCUGGCUAAGACCCUGCAUGCAGACCCUGGGCAACACCCUGGGACCCCCAGCCCCAGCCCUGAGAUUAUCCGCUCGCUGAAGACCCUCUUGGUGCAGCUGCCUGACUCUAACUACUACACCCUGCGGCACCUGGUGGCCCAUCUGUUCAGGGUGGCUGCACAGUUUGAGGAAAACAAGAUGUCUGCCAACAACCUGGGCAUUGUGUUUGGGCCCACGCUGCUGCAACCGCCAGACAGUCCAGGGACAGCUGGCUCUGGCUCUGUCACCUGCCUGCUGGACUCCGGGCACCAGGCCCAGCUGGUGGAGUUCCUCAUCCUGCACUACGAGCAGAUCUUUGGGAUGGACGAGCUCCCCCUGACCACUGAGACUCUGCUCCGAGACCCUAGCCCAGCUCCUGGGCCCCUCACAACUAACCCCCAGCCAUCACCUCCACAUCUUACCCCAGACCUUUUGCCCCCAACCCUAGACUCUGACCCAGACGCAGAUCCCCACAGUGCCCUGGAAAAGCAUCCUGAAGUCACGCCCUCCCAGAUUCCAACCUCAGAGAGUGACCAGAGAGAGGAGGCUGCCAAAGAUACCAAAGAUGAGGGAGGAGAAGUGUCCUGCCAAGGCCCUGAGGACUCACUCCUGGGGACGCAGUCCCGUGGCCACUUCAGCCGCCAACCAGUGAAGUAUCCCCGGGGGGGUGUGCGGCCUGUCACCCACCAGCUGUCCAGCUUGGCCCUAGUGGCUUCCAAAUUGUGUGAAGACACUCCAAUCACAUCAGUGCCCCAAGGGAGCUUGCGGAGCCGGGGGCCUGGCCCUGCUGCUGCCUCCCCUGAGAGCAGUACCCUUCGCCGUACCCCAAUUCCCAAGCAUUUUGAGAUCACCCAGGAGACAGCCCGGCUACUUUCCAAGCUGCCCGAUGAGGCAGUGCCCAAGACCACCUGCUGCCCAGACCCCCAGCCCGAGGAAGUGGAGGACCACCUCUGACCAUCCUAGCACUCUGACAAGGAACCCAAAACUGAGAAGAUGAUCCUCUCUUCUCCUGAGGAGCUCAAUGGUGGGGAGUCUAGAGAGGUCCUAUAAGGAAAGACUACGCAGCCUAGGGGAGGACUAAAACCCUUCAGGGGGCAUUGUACCAGGGUCCCCAAUAGACAGAGUCACUGCCAAGCAUCCAGGUUCAGAGGUCACUCAGGGUCAAUACUCAGGGUCAAUACAGGUCAAGGAGUCCUUGGGGUUCACCUAGUCUGACCCCUGGGACAGGGGUGCCUUUUGCACCCUUAAUUGUGGCCACUCCUUAGCUGCCCCCAAGUGACCAGCUCUUGGAGGGAAUGGGCAGCCCACACCCGACAUCCUGGUGGUGCCUGGGAUCUGACUGCCUCUGAAUAAAUUGUGGCUUUGUACCCUUGAAUGUGUCUUUCUUUGGCAGGGGAGGACCACAGGGAAGAAGCAUUGGAAGGCAGCUUUUUCUGAUCCCAUUUUACCCACCAGGAGAGCUGAGGCCCCUUUCUUUCACGUCUAAAUACCCCUCAGCAGGCAGUCAGGGCUGGACCUGGGCUUCGGACUGAGUCACACCGGCCCGGCCCUCCGGAUCUAGGAGUCCCCGAUCCGGUCCUGCAUAAUCAAACAAAUAUAACAAAAGUGCAGA